AUGACUGGCAAUACCUUCUUGUUCAAGGGGAUUCCAAUACAGGCUGAUUUCGUUAAUGAGGAAUCUCUGUUGUUUGCUCAGAAUUUUUUGGUAAAAGACGAUGAUGUCAUCAUAGUGACCUACCCUAGAUCAGGAACACACUGGAUGAUUGAGAUAGUCAGUCUGAUAGUCUCCAAAGGGGACCCGACUUGAGUCCAAACUGUCAAAAUGACUUGGGGAUCCUGGUUUGAUCAUACUACUGGAUGGCUAACAAGGAGAGACACAGAGAACUUCCUCCUCAUGUCCUAUGAGGAGCUACAGAGGACUAGGAUUUUCCACGUGACCUUUCAGGCGCUCACAGCCACAGACCUCAGAUCAUCGCAAGUCCGGUCCCUUUCCCGCUCACAUGGUUCUGACAGCGGGUACAGAGCAGGAAGUUGCACGUGUGGCGACUGGAAGAAUGUCUUCACUGUGGCCCAGAGUGAAGCCUUUGACACCGUCUAUAAGGAGAAGAUGGCGAGGCUUGAUCCUGGUCUCUUCCCCUGGUCGGAAUACUGCUGA